UAUGCAUACACCUGUGGGCAUCUUCGUCCGAUCAUUAAAGAUACCAAACUCCAAGGUAACAGCCCACAUUCAAAAGUGUGGCUCAAAAAUCAAACAGGUGUGGCUCGAUUUGUAUGGAAAGCCAACAUUCCCAUCAUCGAAGUUUGAUCCCCAAAAUGACAAAUAAUCUUUGAUUUAUGCCCACACCUUCUGAGUUUGAGCAGGCAAUAGGUAAGACCAUUGCCAGGAAAGUAGGUAGCUAGCAAGUAAGCAAGUCGAUCAGGUAAACAAAACUUUCUUUUCUGCCAGAAACAACUUAUCUUCUGUAAUAGCAGUAUCCAAGUCACAUCGCUCGACCCUUCGCCAUGACGAACUCACACCCAGAUGCAGAUGUCUUUCCUCACGCUACCGGCUUUGCAGCUCAGAUGGUAGGAGAGCAUUCUAGAGAAGAGCCAGUCAAACUGUACGCUGGAUGGGUAUACAAUCCCCAAGUCUAAUCCUAAACAAGCUCCUCCACUCACGCAAAACAGUUCUGUCCCUUCGUGCAACGCGUGCUCCUCGUUCUCCUAGAAAAGAAUAUUGCCUUCCAAUACAUAGAAGUAAACCCAUACCACAAACCUUCCUCUCUACUCAAACUCAAUCCCCGCGGUUUGAUUCCCACUCUGGAAUAUGAAGGCAAAGCACUCUACGAAAGCACCAUCAUUUGCGAAUUCCUCGAGGAUGCAUAUCCAUCUCACUGGCCGCGUUUACUGACUCGAGAGCCAUUCGAGAAAGCUCGUCUGAGGAUUUGGAUCGAUCACACUACUUCUCGUAUUAUCCCUGCUUUUCACCGCUUUCUUCAAUAUCAACCUCUAUCUUCUCAGGAUCCCAAAUUCCUUUCUCUCCGCACUAAAUUCCUUAUGUCCAUCUAUGACUUCACCCAGGAAAUGGACCCCAUCGGACCUUAUUUCACAGGGAAAGAUCCGUGUCUGGUAGAUUUUACCCUAGCACCUUGGGCUCUCCGCAUUUGGGUUUUUGAUUAUUUCAAAGGUGGUUUGCAUAUCGAGGAAUUAGGCGAUAUGAGAGAAAGAUGGGAGAAAUGGGUAGAGGCUAUUGAGGAAAGGAAGAGUAUUCAGAUGAGUUUGAGUGAGACGAAAUAUUAUUUGCCGAUUUAUCAAAGGUAUGCGGAUGAUCUUGCUCAGUCGGAGUUGGGGAAGGCAAUGAGGGAGGGGAAUGAAGUGCCUUGAAUGGAAGAGAGGGAGAGAGUAAGGAGUAGGAUGCCGUGAAAAAGCAGAGAGGGACGCGGAACUGGCCUGGGCUAGUUAGAAGAGAGGUGGAGAUUAUUAGUGACUUACAUGAAAGCCUAAGUAGGAGUUUAAAGAACAAAUA